AUGGUGAGCUCAUGCGGUCCGCCGAAGAAGAGUGAACUGGUACAUGUCACGUUCCACUUUCACAGAUCCAUCGUGGUCCUCUCCGUUCCCGGUUCAACUACCGUCUCCCAACUCAAGACCGCUCUGAUACCCGCGCUCAAACCAUUCCAAGCAUCAAACUCUCCUCUCCCAGUCCCUAUCCCAUCUUCAUCAGCGGAUAUUCAACUGUACGCUGAAAAAUUGGCGGUGGAAGGAGCAGAGGAUAUGCCUACAGCUCUUCGAGUCCUGGAUGACGACAAAAAGACCCUCAUGGGUCUAGAGCUGAAUAGAUGGCCAAAAGUGUACGUGAGGUGA